ACUAAUGAGGAAAGUGUUUAUUUCCUUUAACUUCUUGGUCAACAAUGAUUUGAGAAAGCAUAAAAAUCGAAAUGAUUGUCAAUCAUUUCCUCCAAGUGUAGGAAAUAUUGUUGUAAAUGAAUACACAUAUUCUUCCAUUUACAAUUGAUUGCUUUCAUUGAAUCAAUAUUUAUCUCUUUAUCUUAUUCACAAGUUUAACGAUCGACACAAUUGAUUCGAGUUUUACUAUUGAACUAUCUUAUUCUGCUAUCAUACUCAGAUUAAUAUUUAACGCAUAGUGCAUGGGAAUAGAUUAUUUCCGAAAUAAAAAUUCACUUGUACAUUGUGAAAGUUAAGCGUGAAUUGUGUUAUAAUGGUUGUUGACCAUGAGUAUAUUAUUAAAAUGCCCGAUGAAGAUACCGUUCCAGAACAUGGAAUAGGAUUUGAAAUUUUUCAUCAAAUGAAGCUUCGGAAGAAUGAGGUUUCGCAGUAUAUUGUAGAAACUGAUGAGUCAGUAACAAUUGGUGAAUUAUUGGACGCUUCAACAAGAGUUGCUAUAAGUCUGAAAAAACUGAAUCUUGCCGAUGAUGCUAUCAUUGCUAUUUCUUCAUGGAGUCACAAACAAACAUGCAUCCCCUACAUAGCUGGAUUAUUCAAUGGUAACAUAGUUACUUUCUUGGAUCCCCUCGUUACGCCGAAAGACAAAGCUCUUAUGUUCGAAAAAGUAACACCUUCUAUAUUGUUUGUUGAUGAGGAUAACCUCGGAAAUAUAGAAGAAUCCUUGAAACUUGGAGGACUGGAUAUCAAAAUAGUGGUUUUUGAAGGAAAUAAGAAUGGAUAUAUUUCAUUGGAGGAAUUUUCGAGAGUUACAGAUUCAGAAGUGGAAGCAUUUGAACCUGUUAAACUUGAUAAUAAUGAACGCACUGCUGUGAUUAUUUUCAGUAGUGGUACAACUGGAGUGCCAAAGGGAAUUUCUCUUUCACAUUUAGGUAUUCUAUCACGUACCGGUGGAUUUUCUAUACCUGUAACAAUAAUAUUAUCUGCACCAAAUUGGAUAUCAUACUGCCUAUUGCUGAUUAGAAGUCUUCGAGAAGGUGGUGCAAGAGUUCUAGGAAAAAACUACGAUUUGAGUCAAAUAUGGAGACUCGUAGACAAAUACAAAAUCAAUAUGAUGUUAGCAUCAAUCUACCAAUGCAGUCAAAUGAUUAAACAACCCAUAGAGGAUGGUCUAGAUAUAUCUUCGUUGGGCUUGUUGAUAACAGGUGGAGCAAGUAUGCCGCCUGAAAUAUUUUCAAGAUUGAAGCAAGUUGUACCCAACGUUUUAAUUCUUCAAGCAUAUGGCUUGACGGAAGCUUGUGGCCCUACGUUGGUUUUCGAUUUGGGACUGGCUAAAGAUCGGGAAUUCCACAAGAAAAAACCAGACAGUUGUGGUACCCCUAUUCCAGGGGUUUGGUAUAAGGUUGUAGAUCCAGAAACCGAAGAGAUAUUGGGCCCAAAUAAGCCAGGUGAAUUAAGGAUAAAAUCAAGAUAUUCAAUGCUCGGCUAUUACAACGAAGAUUCUUCAAAAGAUUUCGACUCCGAUGGUUACCUCAAAACAGGGGACAUAUUGCAAUACGACGAGGAUUUGUGCUUUUUUGUCAUCGACAGAUUAAAGGAGAUGUUGAAAUAUCGGGGCUUCAUAUGGAGUCCCACUGAACUGGAGAAUGCUUUGAUCACGCAUCCAUUCGUUGAAAUAGCAGCGGUAGUUGGUGUUCCACACAUAGAGGAUGGUGAUCUGCCAAUGUGCCUCGUUAAAUUAAGAGAAAAUUGCCAAGUAGAUCCUGACGAAUUGGUGGAGCAUGUAAACAAUAUUUUGAAAGAUGAACGGAAGAAACUGAGGGCAGGUGUUAAAAUUGUGAAGGAUCUACCUCUCACUGGGACUGGAAAGAUUCACAAGAAAAAAAUACGGGAAAUGAUCUUAGAUGGACAAAUAUAAUGUACCUACUGAUAAUGAGAUGAGAAUAAAUGAUCGAAGUUGA